AUGUCCCCAAACCCACGAAUCAUCCCUACCACCAAAUCAACCACCCUCCCCCGCACUCGUCAACACCAAGCAGACGACGCAGGCGCAGACGCACCGCUGCACACGCAAAGCAGUCCCGAAAGAGAGCAAGAAGAUCCCAGCAGUCGCAUCCUAGGCAGAAGUAUCAAGCCGCCCGUGGUACGGCAUUAUAGUUGGAGUGAGGAGGAUCGGAAGCAUGCGUUGCAGGCGCGGUUGUUGGAGACGGAGGGGAGGGAGAUGGGGUUUUCGGAGGUGAGGGGUCAUGAUGGUGGUGAGAUAGGGGAUGAGUAG